AUGAGCAGCUCCGCUCCGGCCGGCGGCGGCGCUCCGCUGGCCGAUAUGUCGCUGUCCAGGCGCUUCCUGUCGCUGCCACAGGAGCUCACAGGUGCUUCUCUGCCCCCUCAAGUGUCUGGCAAGCGCUGCGGUGCCGUGACGCUCUGUGUGCCGCACAUUCUCGAGAGCGCCGUGAGCUCCCGGCCGCUGCCGCGCGUGGCGCUCGUGCGCGUGCGCUGGUGGGGCGAGCAGGCGCCCGGCAGCCUCUUCCGCCCGAGCUUACUGUCAGGAGACGGCGGCCCUCAAGCGCAUCAGGCGGAGGACGCGCCGCAGCGCGCCAUCGCCAUGAACUACCCGGUCACGGUGCAGCCGGAGCAGCUGGUGGAAUAUUUCCAGGACAUGAGGCACCUGGCGCUCGACGUGAUCGACCGCGACUCGAGGAAGAAGGUGGGCGAGGGCAGGCUGAGUCUGGAGCUGGAGAGGGACAACGCAGAGAUGACGGCGGAGGAGAAGCUGGUGGCGCUGAGGAGGGAAAACGCUCUGUGUGAGAUCAAGCCCAGUGAAGGAGGAGAGCAGGACGAGGUGCUCGGCUAUUUGGCCGUGAGCUUCGCUGUUCAAUGGACGGACGAGACGAAAGUGAGGACCAGAGAGCAGGUGCAGGCGCAGGAGAAGAAGAUGGAGAGCGAUGAGGAUGUGAAUGAAGUGAGCUCGGCGUCGUCAGCGUCGUUGCCGUCGAAUCGAGAGUGGGCGACGGUUGUGGAUACGGAGAAGGAGGCGAGGAGGCCGGUGUUGAUCGUAGGGCCUCGACAGGGUGAUAAGAAGGAGAACACUGUUAUUAUGGAGAGGACGACAGGGGAAGAGGGCGUGGGCGUGGAAUCGCGUACGCCGAGUGAUGAUUCCCAGUGGAUUCAGAGACUCUUGUUGAAGGGCAAAGCACUGCAGCAGUCGAUGGAGAGAGCUGUAAAGGACGAGGAGACUGAGAACCGAAAGGAGUUGGACGUGGUGCAAGUAGGAGAUCAAGGAGGUGCUUAUUUCAAUGUUCCAGACGAGCUGGCUGGGGAGCAGAAGGGUGAUGGGCGUGACCCCUACACAGAAUUCACGAAUACUACGGGGAAAUGGGAAGAGGACCAGCCACAGGCUUUCGCAUUAAAGUCUGAACCGAUCGCUAAACUACAGAACAAGAUGACUGCACAACUGAAUGGCGGCAUUGAUUCCAGGCUGCCACGACACAAGAAAGCACCACCUGUCGGCUAUCUCAAGGUCAAGUAUGAGUUUUCCGAUCUAACCCCCAGCAACCCACUCUCUGAAAGUGGAGGUUCUAGCGAUGCCAAGGACAGUGCGGAAGAUUUCGACUUCUCUUUCGUGAGCUCGAACCCAAGCGAAAGAAUUUCCGAAAAGGGUCAGAUUGCCUUGUCAAAUGCUAGAGAACUGGUACAGCAUCUGGUCGGGGAAAUGGAAUUUGCCUCCAAGUUUGGUGGCUCUGAAUUGUUCCAGCUUGGUGUGAUGAUCGACGGCGUCUCGAAUGUAAAGCUCUUUGAAUCUCCUAGUAAUAGAUCGCCUCUGGCCAAAGGUGAUCGAGCCCAAUUCACUGCCAGCAACGGAGGAUCCAGAGGAAGUGACGCGGUGUUUGAGCGGACUGCUAAGCGGAAGCUCGUUUGCUCAGACUUUUCAGCGUCGUUGUCAGCCGACUUCAUGGGUAGUAUUCACGUUUUCCAGUCAAUGUUUGCCGACGAUGCCAGCGAAUACUUUUCGAGCGGGUACCUGAUUAUUGAAGUGUGGUUGCAUAGCGGCGAUGCUGAGUCUACCCUUUUAGGUCUGUCGAAGGUGCCUCUUAAUGAGUUCACGAAGGUUUUCAGAUACACUCAAGAUGAUAGGAUGGAGCAAAGGUUGGAGAAUUUGUCUGAGAACUCGGAUGUCGUUGAAAGUGAUCUGGGUGAUCGCGAGCAUCGUGUGGUCUUACGCAAAGUACGCUUUAACAUCCGCGAGAGUUGGAGGUCUGCAAUUCUGCAUGAGGGCCACACGGGUGGCACUCGUCACCAACACGGUGUGAAAUCUCCCUCGCCGUUGGGGUGUGAACUGCAGGGACAUCUGGUGUUAACUGGGGGCACGCGCUACCAAAAGGGAAUUCCGUUUGCAUUGUGGUGGGAUGCAGUGGACAAGAACUUGAACUCCUCCUUUGUUCAUAGCUUUCGAGGCUCUCAACUGAAUGAGCACUUGCCGCUGCUGGGGCCUCAAAGCCAGGUGGUGUUCUCGUUUCAAGUGGAACAUGGCUUUUUUGGAACGCAGUCUCGUCAAGUGACCACGGGCGAGGCGCGAUUGAAUCUCUACCAAGCAGUUGACAAACGCACUGUGGUUGCUGAGAGCACGAUGCGCCGAAGUACGAUGGAUGCAUCAUCAGUUAGCGUGGACGUACCGAUCGAAUGGGAUAGUGAAGAUGACGAGUCGCAACGACUCCCGACUGUGCUACCAUUGAAAAUCUUGUACAGCACUGUGCCAUUGUCGACUCUUGAGCGAACGAUCGAUCGUGAUGAUAUCGUGCUCUCAGAUUGCUUUGGCAGCGUCGAGUACGUGGGUGAUUCUACAAGCACUGAGGCUAAGAAUUUCAUAGCGGAUUUCGAAACCAAUACGUCAUCGCGUACGGCUGACACUUCAGCGGGUAUAGCGAACCAGAGCGCAGAAGUUGGUCUUGACCUAAUAAAGUCUGGUAAGGUCAGCCGUGAUGGAGAAGACCCGGUGGAUGCGCUGAAUGUGCUGAAUGUACCGAUCGCCAACUCGAAAUCAGACUGUGAAUCUCACCAGAAAGACGACACAGCAAGCGCCAACGACGCUCGCCCUUACAAUGGCGAUUCAGACGGCAGUUCAUUAGAGCUGACGGACGACUUUUUCAAGCCGAUUACGCUAACUUCGUUUGGAAUUGAAGAAAUGGAGCUGUCGCCGCUUAGGGUAGAUGAAGAAUCAUCCGAGAAGUACCCGGUAGCAUCACCAACAGCAAUCUCCCCGCAAACGAGUGGCGGCUUGGACCGCAGUGGAGUUUCUGUCGAUGCAGUAAGCGGCGAUGAAUCUAUCUCUGAUCCACAGGCAGUGGCGUUCGCUAAGGAGGAGCAAGUUCAGGCGGGAGAAGAAACUGCACCUAUGAGUGCCCAAUCUCCUUGUCCUGAAAUUGAUUACGGCUCCUCUAGCAACGAUGCUCAAAAUUGGGCUGCUGUGAGUGAAGAGGCGACUCCUGUGAGUGACAUUGUGGCGGCUGAUUCGACAGGCGAUAUGGGGAGUGGUUUAAGUGCUGAUGAUGCCGCAUCAAAUGACUGUGCAGAGAGCUCAUCGCUGGAAGAUAAUGUCGGGAACUUUAUGGACACGGAACGCCUUCCAGAGUGUAUUGAUUCUAUCCCUGCCCAACCAGUUGGACACGCUGAUACGUCUGCUCUGGUUGGAAUCUCUGAACUGAAUAUCUGGGCUCCAGCAGUCAACGAAUCCCCGCAAAGCGUGAGCGGUGACGACGUCUGUGAAAAUACGCCUAGGAGUGACGAAGCUCAAAUAAGCGCCGGUGGUGAGGGGUUAACUGUUGAUGUUGCUUGCGAUGAGAUGCAAAUGGCAAGCGUUUCGAUUGCUGAUGAGAGCAAAACUCAGUACGAGGUGGAGGUAUCGUCACAAAGCAGUUGUGCGGAGGUUGGCGAGGAUGAUAUGGACUUGCAUGAUGACUCGAAAAGCGACUUUGCUGACGAUGAUGCGGAUAGCUCUGAUAGUGUCUACGACAGGAGCGUACCUUCGACUACAUCCUCGGUGGGUCACCCAGAGCUGCUAAUUCCCCGCGUCGUAGAAAACGAAAGCGUUCACGAGUCUCCGCAAAAGGAGAAACUGGAGUUGGUGUACGAAAUGCUGCGCGAGAUGCGUGACUCACAAUUUGCCAAGUCAUUGGAGAAGCCAGCCGGAUGUGCCGAUAUGGAUACAGAACGUCUUCCUGGGUGUAUCCCUUCUAGCCCUGCGCGUACAGUCGACUAUGCUGAUAAGUGUGUUCAGACUGAUCUCUGUGAAUUGGCUCAGACAGACAACGAAUCCUCGCCGAGUGUGAGUGGUAACUACGUUUGUGGAGAUACACGUAGGAAUGACGAGUCUCAAGUAAGCGCCGGUGGUGAACGGUCAACUGUUGACAUUGGUUGUGAUGCGAUGGCACGCGUUUCGAUUGCUGUUGGUAGCGAAGCUCCGUUCGAGGAGGAGGCACCCGCAGACAAUGGAGGUCUGGAGGUUGAUAAGGACAGCGAUGGUAUGGAAAUGGGUGAUGACUUGAGCAGCGUCAUCACUGAUGAUAUUGGAGAUAGCGUUGAUGGCAUCGACGGCAGGAGAGAAGAUCGCGUACCUUCCCCUAAAUCCACGUUGGUCAGCCCAGAGCAGCUAACCGUAGACUGCGAAAACGCUUACGAAGCUACUCCUCUUCCUGCUCUGCAAAAUGAGAAACUGGAGCUGAUGUACGAAAUGCUGCGUGAGAUGCGUGACUUGUAUGUUGCCAAGUCGUUGGAGAAGCCACCUGCAUCUACCGAGGAUGUUAGAUGCCACGAGGAUCUAGAGGGUGACAUCGGGACCUUAUCGCCUAAAGCAAGCUUUGCUUCAUCUGAAAUCAAGGACACUGGUGACAAAACUUGUACCUGUUCCACUCCGACGGCCUCUAGAGGCCCCAUUUCUCCGAAGGCAGAGCGUUUGAUUCUCGAUAAAAGUAUCGCGCAAGAUAUACCAUCUUCGAUUGGACUGCGGCAGCAAGACUUCGUAGACACUUCCAGAGUGAUUUCACCACUACUGCGAUCGGAACGAAAUGCCGAGAGCAAGACUAUCAGGCGCGACAUGAGCAGUACUCCGUUACUCUUUUCACUUGAUGUCUCCGGUGGAGGUGAUCACUACCGCGUCAGUGGUAAUCGAGGCUGGCUUUCAUCGUCGGAUAUCACAUGGGGAAAGAAGGCACAGUGCAGUCGUCAAGCAUCUGAAAAGGAUGACCAUUUGUCUGCCCAUUCUCUAUUUGCCCACGACUCGGAGACGGAACGAAUCGCGCGGAUCAUGCAGGGAAGUAUGAAGUACUGGAUAAAAGACGACAGCAGCUACAGUGGUGAUGAUCAAGAGAGUGACGAAGAGGAGACGGAUGACGAUUGCUACUUCUAA